CUUCUGAAUCCAGCCUGAAUUUCUGGCAGUUCUCUGAUAUUGUUCAAUAAUUUCCGCAUUUGGUUGAAUCACCUUUCGUGGAAAUAGGCAUAAAUAUAGAUCUCUUCUAGUCAGUUGGCUAGGUAGCUGUCUUCCAAAUCUCCUGGCAUAGAUGAGUGAGCACUUCUAGCACUGUAUCCAUUUGUUGAAACAUCUCAAUUGGUAUUCUGUCAAUUCCUGGAGCCUUGUUUUUGACAGUGCCUUCAGUGCAGCUUGGACUUCCUCCUUCAGUACCAUCAGUUCCUGAUCACAUGCUAUCUCUUGAAAUGGUUGAACGUCAACUAAUUCUUUUUGGUUUAAUGACUCUGUAUUUUUUCCAUCUUCUUUUGAUGCUUCCUGCGUUGUUUAAUAUUUUCCUUGUUCAGUCCUUCACUAUUGCAACUUAUGGCUUGAUUUUUUUCUUCAGUUCUUUCAGCUUGAGAAAUGCCAAGCAUGUUUUUCCCUUUUGGUUUUCUAUCUCCGGUUCUUUGCACGUCGUUGGAAUACUCUACUUUGUCGUCUCGAGCUGCCCUUUGAAAUCUUCUGUUCAGUUCUUUCAUUUCAUCAGUUCUUCCUUUUGCGUUAGCUACUCGACGUUCAAGAGCAAGUUUCAGAGUCUAUUCUGAUAUCCAUUUUGGUCUUUUUAAUGACCUUUUGCUUUUUUCAUGGAUGAUGUCAUUGAUGUCAUUGCAUAUCUCGUCAGAUCUUUAGUCAUAAGUGUUCACCUGUCAAAUCUGUUCUUGAAAUGGUCUCUAAAUUCAAGUGGUAUAUACUCAAGUUGUACUUUGGCUUUCAUCGUCUUGUUUUAAUUUUCUUCACUUUGAACCUGCAUAUGAACAAUUGGUGGUCUGUUCUGCAGUUGGCCCCUGGCUUUGUUCUGAUUGAUGAUAUUGAGCUUUUCCAUCAUCUCUUUCCACGGAAGUAGUCGAUUUGAUUCCUGUGUAUUCCAUCUGGUGAGGUCCAUGCGUAUAGUCGCCAUUUAUGUUGGUGAAAGAAGGUAUUUGCGAUGAAGAAGUUGUUGGUCUUGCAAAAUUCUAUCAUUUAAUCUCCAGCAUUGUUUCUGUCACCGAGGCCGUGUUUUCCAACUACCGAUCCUUCUUUGUUUCCAACUUUUACACUGCAGUCACCAGUAAUUAUCGAUGUGUCCUGAUUGCAUGUUCGAUCAAUUUCAGACUGCAGAAGCUGGUAGAAAUCUUCUGUUUCUUCAUCUGUGGCCUUAGUGGUUGGUGCGUAAAUUUGAAUAAUAGUCGUAUUAACUGGUCUUCGUUGUAGGCGUAUGGAUAUUAUCCUAUUACUGACAGCGUUGUACUUCAGAAUAGAUCUUGAAAUGUUCUUUUUGACAAUGAAUGCAACACCAUUCCUUUUUGAGUUGUCAAUCCCAGCAUAGUAGACCAUAUGAUUGUCUGAUUCAAAAUGGCCAAUACCAGUCCGUUUCAGCUCACUAAUGCCUAGGAUAUCGAUGUUUAUGUGUUCCAUUUCAUUUUUGAAGACUUUAAUUUUCCUAGAUUCACGCUUUGUACAUUCCAGGUUCCAAUUAUUAAUGGAUGUUUGCAGCUGUUUCUUCUCAUUUUGAGUCGUGCCAUAUCAGCAGAUGAAAGACCCAAAAACUUGACUCCAUCCCCAUUGUUAAGGUCGACUCUACUUGGAGGAGGCAGCUCUUCCCCAGUCAUCUUUUGAGUGCGUUCUAACCUGGGGGGCUCAUUUUCCAGCACUGUAUCAGACAGUGUUCUGUUGUUAUUCUUAAGGUUUUCACGGGCUAAUUCUUUUCAGAAGUAGACUGCCGGGUCUUUCUUCCUAGUUUUGUCUUAGUCUGGAGGCUCAGCUGGGCAUAGCUUCUGGCAUCGCGGCAACAUGGAAGCCCCCACAGUACAACAAACUGACAGACACGUGGGCGGAGGCUGCACUAGCGAGCCUUAAAGUUAGUUCUCUACUGCUUUUUCUCUGGACAUUUGCAAAUACAGCAGGCUGCACAGAGUUCAAGGGCCCCAAGCUUCCCCAUUAGGCCAUUGGGGCGGGGAGAUUCUUUUGCAACCCUUGUAUUGGGAGCAGAGGUGGAAAAAAACUCUUAAGGAAAUCCACACGUUCUCGUCCUUUUUUCACUUCUGUAAAUUGGAGAUGACUUUUCCUUUCUUUAGGGCUUGUGAAACUCAGCCCGUGGACGACUGUUCCAGGAGGCUGACCUCUUUGUGGCAAGCUCUUGGGUGGAAAGAAAGAAGUGAGGCAAAUGCCGUGAAGGAGAGUUCUCUAUUAAUUAACCUAGGUUGGCAGUGAGUGUUGAUUAAAAGACUUCCCCUUACACCAUAGGUCACGGCGAGGGGCCUUAUAAAUGACUGUUGUAAUUUAGAACUGGCCUGUGGGUUUAUAGUUCUCUUUUCUUUUGCUUUCGUAUUUUAUGAGGGAAAAAUAAGCAUACAAAUUGACCAACAGUUGUUUGGCAAUUCACAAAAAUAGCAUUUUCCACAAAUUUUCAAAUUCUUUAUCUGGGACACGGUAACACUUUUCUCGGUUUUCGUCACAUUUUGGGGCGGUCUUGUCUUUUUAUCAUCUCUUGACGCCUACAUACAGUCAUUGAAGGGGCUGUAAUGAAGUCAUUUCUCUUGUGUGGGAUUGUGGGAGUGAGUUUUAUUAAGUUAAAGUUACACCACAAACCCCGUGCAGCAACAGCUGCGUGCGUGGAAAAUUCCAGAGCCUGUUUUUGUUGUAAUGUUUGCCCUUUUUAUCUGUACGAGGCAAUGUGUGCUUAACUGAACUCAGCUGUUUGGAAAAUCAGAAAAAGGAUGAGAUAAUACCUGUCUUUGCCAUUUAAGCAAUCUUAAGAAAUAGCAGAAAAGAUGUGCUUAGUUUAAAAGAGUUUGUUAAAUAUGUAUUUUGUAGCCAGUAUUGUUCCAAGCACUGUGGGAGGUUUAAAAAUUGGAGUGUUUAAGUUUUGAUUGAUACUAUAAGAUGCAUGUGCGUGAAAUAAUUUGAAGCUUUUCUUUUUUGUUUUUUUAGGAGAAAAUGGAAGGUCGACGUAAGACGGCUCACGGGCUUCAUGGUUCAUGGAAGAUGUGAGUUUUGAGCUGUACUUGGGAGAUGGAUAGCUUGCCAUUUUGUAUUAUGUUUGUUACAUGUGGUUGGAGGUUGCUCAUUUGCAUUGCCGUAUAGUUGUUAUUGUUUGUUUCUGUCAAGUAGGCUCUGGUUCAUGGAGAACUUAUGUGUGAUAGAACAAAAUGUCGUAUAGUUGUUAUUGUUUGUUUCUGUCAAGUAGGCUCUGGUUCAUGGAGAACUUAUGUAUGGUAGAACAAAAUGUCGCCAUGUCAUGUGCUGUCUUUAUGAUCUUGCUGGGUAAUAGUCUGCUCUAUUGUUACAUAGUUAACCCUCAUUAUUUGAGGAGUACUCAUUUGUCAGAGUGGCUACUUGUUAAUAUUUAUUUGUAACCUCAAAAUCAAAACCUUCAGUGCUUUCGUGGUCAAGCGUGGACACGCUCAAAGUGGUGAAAAACUUGAGUCACCCAAUGUGUACGUUCCCAGCUGUGGGUGAGCAAGGCGCUCUGCAUUGUCUCAGCACUUACAGAUAGCAAGUGUCCUUUUCACAGUCUGUUUAGUGCAGUGUUUCCUACAUGUCCGUGCCUUGCGUUGGUGAUUUUGCGGUUUUAAAUGGUUCCCCAAGUGUAGUCCUGAAGUGCUGUGUAGUGUUCCUGAGUGCAGGAAGACUGCGAUGUGUCUUACCUGUUAGAUGAGCUUCAUUCGGGUGUGACUUACAGUGCUGUUGGCCAUGAGUUCAAUGUUAAUGAGACAAUAUAUAUUAAAUAGGCCGUCUUUAAAUAGAAACACAUUGAGCAAAGUUAUGUAUCGAUAGGUUGAUGUAAACGUUGUGACCAGAGGCUCACCGGAUUCUAACCCUGUAUUUCCUCUAGGAGCAGUGGUUUAGUAUUUGCUGAUUCUGUUUCUGGUGACUACGGAAUAUAACUACUGCCUGUCUAAUCUUUGGCUGAAAACUGGACUUUGGGAGUGGCUUCUCUUCUGAGUUAGCAGGCUUUCCGGGGGCCAUAGUUUCGUGAGUUCCUCCAGUCACUGUCAAACUACUGCCCUGCUGGAUUACGGCCUGACCAUCCUGUCGAUGACGACGCCAAUGAUAAAGCACCAGACUGCUGUCUCCUCCCAGCAACAUCCAGGGGAAAAGGAAGACCUGACUGGCCUGUCCAUGAUGCCAGGGCAGCCACCGGAGGGGGGAAGGAAGACCUGACUGGCCUGUCCAUGAUGCUAGGGGUAAGGCAACAGACUGCUGUCUUCUGCCAGCAACCUCCAGGGGAAAAGGAAGACCUGACCGGCCUGUCCAUGAUGCUAGGGAUCCCAGGGGGAAAAGGAAGACGUGACCGGCCUGUGCAUGAUGUCAGGGGUAAGGCACCAGACUGCUGUCUCCUCCCAGGAGCCCCCAGGGGGAAAGGAAGACCUGACCAGCCUGUCUAUGAUGCCAGGGGUAAGGCACCAGACUGCUGUCUCCUCCCAGCAAACUCCAGGGGAAAAACAAGGCAUGACCGGCCUGUCCAUCAUGCCAGGGGUAAGGCACCAGACUGCUGUGUCCUCCCGGCAGCCCCCAGGGGGAAAAGGAAGACCUGACUGGCCUGUCCAUGAUGGCAGGGGUAAGGCACCACACUGCUGUGUCCCCCAGGAGCCCCCGGGUGGGGAUGGGGAGGAAGACCUGUCCGGCCUGUUCAUGAUGCCAGGGGUAAAGCGCCAGACUCGUGUGUCCUCCCAGCAAUCUCCAGGGGAGAAGGAAGACCUGACCGGCCUGUCUAUGAUGCCAGGGGUAAGACACCAGACUGCUGACUCCUCCCAGCAACCUCCAGGGGAAAAGGAAGAUCUGACCGGCCUGUCCAUGAUGCCAGCGGUAAAGCAAAAGGCUGGUAUCUCCUCCCAGCAACCUCCAGGUGAAAAGGAAGUCGUGACUGGCCUGUCAAUGAUGCCAGAUGUAAGGCACCAGACUGCUGUGUCCUCCCAGCAGCCCCAUGGGAAAAGGAAGAUGUGACUGGCCUGUCUGUGAUGCUAGGGCCCCCGGAGGGGGAAAAGGAAGACCUGACUGGCCUGUCCAUGAUGCCAGGGCAACCUCCAGGGGAGAGGAAAGACCUGACUGGCCUGUCCAUGAUGCCAGGAGUAAGGCACCAGACUGUUCUUUCCUCCCAGCAGCCUCUGGGGGAAAAGGAAGACCUGACCGGCCUCUCCAUGAUGCCAGGGGUAAGGAACCAGAUUGCUGUAUCUUCCCAGCAGCCCCCUGGGGGAAAAGGAAGACCUGACUGGUCUGUCCAUGAUGCCAGGGGUAAAGCACCAGACUGCUGUCUCCCCCCAGUAACCUCCAAGGGAAAGGGAACACCUGACUGGACUGUCCAUGAUGCCAGGCGUAAGGCACCAGACUGCUGUCUUCUCCCAGCAACCUCCAGCAGCCACCGGGGAGGAAUGGAAGACCUGACCGGCCUGUCCGUGAUGCCAGGGCAGCUCCCAGGGGGAAAGGAAGACCUGACCGGCCAGUGCAUGAUGCCAGGGCAGCCUCUGGCGAGGAAAGGAAGACCUGACCAACCUGUCGAUGAUGCCACGGGUAAGGCACCAGACUGCUGUCUCCUCCCAGCAGCCCACGGGGGAAAAGAAGACCUGACUGCCCUGUCCAUGAUGCCAGGGGUAAAGCACCAGACUGCUGUGUCCUCGCAGCAGCCCCCGGGGGGAAAGGAAGACCUGACUGGCCUGUCCGUGAUGCCAGGAUUAAGGCACCAGACUGCUGUGUCCUCCCUGCAGCUCCUGGGGGGAAAGGAAGACCUGACUGGCCCGUCUGUGAUGCCGUGGGUAAGGCAACAGACUUUGUCUUCUCCCAGCAACCUCCAGGGGAAGAGAAAGACAUGAAUGGCCUGUCUAGGAUGCCAGGGGUGUAAGGCACCAGACUGCUCUGUCCUCCCAGCAACCCCCGGGGGAAAAAAGAAUACCUGACUGGCCUGUCGAUGACGCCAGAGGUAAAGCACCAGACUGCUGUCUCCUCCCAGUAACCUCGAGGGGACAAGGAAGACCUGACGGGCCUUUCUGUGAUGUCAGGAUUAAGGCACCAGACUGCUGUCUCCUCCCAGGAACCUCCAGGGGAAAAGAAAGACCUGACCAGCCUGUCCAUGAUGUCAGGGGUAAGGCACCAGACUGCUGUCUGUUCCCAGCUUCCCCCAGGUGGAAAGGAAGACCUGACUGGCCUGUCCAUGAUGCCAGGGGUAAAGCACCAGACUGCUGUGUCCUCCCAGCAGCCCCCAGGGGGGAAAGUAAGAUCUGACUGGACUGUCCAUGAUGCUGGGGGCAAGGCACCUAACUCCUGUCUUCUCCCAGCAACAUCCAGGGGAAAAGGAAGACCUGACAGGCCUGUCCGUGAUGCAAAGGCAACCUCCAGGGAAAAAGGAAGACCUGACCGGCCUGUCCAUGAUGUCAGAGGUAAUGCACCAGACUGCUGUCCCUCCCAGUAAACUCCAGGGAAAUGGAAGACGUGACCGGCCUGUCCAUGAUGCCAGGGUUAAGCAAUCUCCAGGGGAGAAGGAAGAACUGACCGGCCUGUCCAUGAUGCCAGGGGUAAGACACCAGACUUCUGAGUCUUCCCAGCAACGUUCAGGGGAAAAAGAAGAUCUGACCGGCCUGUCCCUGAUGCCAAGGGUAAAGCACCAGACUGAUAUCUCCUCCCAGCCACCUGCAGGUGAAAAAGAAGUCGUGACCGGCCUAUCCAUGAUCCUAGCGGGUUAAGGCACCAGACUGCUGUGUCCUCCCCGCAACCUCCAGGGGAAAAGGAAGGCUUGACCGGCCUUUCCAUGAUGCCAGGGGUAAAGCACCAGACUGCUGUCUCCUCCCAGCAACCCCCGGGGGGAAAAGGAAGACCUGACUGGCCUGUCCAUGAUGCCAGGGGGUUAAGGCACUAGACUGCUGUGUCCUCCCAGCAACCCCCGGGGGGAAAAGGAAGACCUGAGCGGCAUGUGCAUGGUGCUAGGAGUAAGGCACCAGACUGCUUUCUCCUCCCAGUAGCGCCUGGGGAGGAAAGGAAGACCUGACCGGCCUGUCCAUGACGCCAUGGCAGCCCCCAGGGGGUAAAGGAAGACCUGUCCAGCCUCUCCAUGAUGCCAGAGCAGCCCACGGGCAGGAAAGGAAGACCUGACUGGCCUGUCCAUGAUGCCAGGGGUAAGACACCAGACUGCUGUUUCCUCCCAGCAGCCAGCGGAGAGGGUAAGGAAGACCUGACUGGCCUGUCCAUGAUGCCAGGAGUAAUGCACCUGACUGCUGUGUCCUCCCAGCAGCCCCCGGGGGGAAAAGUAAGACCUGACCGGCCUGUCCAUGAUGCCGGGGGUAAAGCACCAGACUGCUGUCUUCUCCCAGCAAUCUCCAGGGGAAAAUGAAGACCUGACCGGCUUGUCCAUGAUGCCAGGGAUAAAGCACCAGACCGCUGUCUCCUCCCAGCAGCCCCGGGAUGGGGGGAGGGGCGGGGGAGGAAGACCUGACCAGCCUGUUCAUGAUGCCAGGGCUAAGGCAUGAUGUCUCCUCCCAGCAACCUCCAAGGGAAAAGAAAGACCCUACCGGCCUGUCCGUGAUGCCGGGGUAAGGCACCUGAUUGCCGGGUCCUCCAAGCAGCCCCUGGGGGGAAAGGAAGACCUGACUGGCCUGUCCAUGAUGCUAGGGGUAAGGCAACAGACUGCUGUCUUCUGCCAGCAACCUUCAGGGGAAAAGGAAGACCUGACCGGCCUGUCCAUGAUGCUAGGGGUAAGGUACCAGACUGCUGUCUCAUCCCAGCAGCCCCCCCGGGGCGGGGGGAAAGGAAGACCUGAUCGGCCUGUCUGUGAUGCCAGGGGUAAAGCACCAGACUGCUGUAUCCUCCCAGCAACCUCCAGGGGAAAAGGAAGACCUGACCAGCCUGUCCAAGAUGCCAGGAGUAAGGCACCAGACUGCUGUGUCCUCCCAGCAGCCCCCAGGGAGAAAAGGAAAACCUGACCGGCCUGUCCAUGAUGCCGGGGAUCCCAGGGGGAAAAGGAAGACGCGACCGCCCUGUGCAUGAUGUCAGGGGUAAGGCACCAGACUGCUGUCUCCUCCCAGCAACCUCCAGGGGAAAAGGAAGACUUGACCGGCCUUUCCAUGAUGCCAGGGCAGCCCACGGGCAGGAAAGGAAGACCUGACUGGCCUGUCCAUGAUGCCAGGAGUAAGGCACCAGACUGCUCUUUCCUCCCAGCAGCCCCCGGGGGAAAAGGAAGACCUGACCGGCCUCUCCAUGAUGCCAGGGCAACCUCCAGGUGAAAGGGAAGGCCUGACCGCCCUGUCCAUGAUGCCAGGAGUAAGGCACCAGACUGCUUUCUCCUCCCAGUAGCCCCCGGGGAGGAAAGGAAGACCUGACCGUCCUGUGCAUGAUGCCAGGGCAGCCACCGGGGAGGAAUGGAAGACCUGACCGGCCUGUCCGUGAUGCCAGCGGUAAGGCACCAGACUGCUGUCUCCUCCCAGCAGCCCUCGGAGGGAAAGGAAGACCUGUCUGGCCUGUUUAUCCUGCCAGGGCAGCCCCCGGGGGGAAAGGAAGACCUGACUGGCCUGUCCAUAACGCCAGGGGUAAGGCACCAGACUGCUGUGUCCUCCCAGCAGCCCCCAGGGGGAAAAAGACCUGACCGGCCUGUCCAUGAUGCCAGGGCAACCUCCAGGGGAAAAGGAAGACAUGACUGGCCUGUCCAUGAUGCAGGGGUAAGGCACCAGACUGCUGUCUCCUCCUAGCAGCCCCUGGGGGGAAAGGAAGACAUGCUCAGAGAGGCUGUCCCGCAACUUGGGGGGUACAUCUCAUCUAGCUGAAACAGAAGCAACUUCAUGAAUGAACAGGCUGGCUGAUUGACAGUGGCCGUGAAAGCCUUUGAGAAUCUACACCUAAUGGGAGCUGAGGCCGGACCUCUGUGGCAUCUCAGAGACAGUCAGACACAGCAGGAGCUUCUCAGCGGCUGUGGAGCGUGUAAAGGCACAUGCAGAUGCCACCAGUGUCUCCAUGGGAGAAAGUCCUGGCAGCCUUCUUCUGUGAAGACGAGAGCCAGCAACACCCUGAGGGGCAGUUCUACUGUGUCACAUUCGGCCACCGUGAGUUGAAAAUUGCCUAGAUGACGUCCGUGGAAGGUGCCAUCGAGCCGGUUCCAACUCAUAGUGACACUGGGCACAACAGAACAAAACGUCGCCUGGUCCUGCACCAUCUUCACUAUUGUUGCUGUGCUUGAGCCCAUUGUCGCAGCCACUGUGUCAGUCCAUCUCAUUGAGGGUCGUCUUCUUUUUCGCUGACCUUCUAUUUUACCAAGCAUGAUGUCCUCCUUCAGGGCCUGAUUCCUCCUGGUAACCCAAAGAAAACAAUACGACAGACAAGUGUGAACUAACCGUGUGUGGUCUUCCCCUUGACAACCAGCAUUUGGAGAGGAUGAUGCUCAAUGGGAAAUUAUUUCUUCCUGGGGGUGAAAUUCCAGGCUGCUGAUGCUACAGGAGGAGAGCCCAUUUCAGUGUAGGGCAGACUUCCUGACACGUCUCCAGUCACGCCGUUGAAGGUUUGUGGGAGCGUGUUGGGACAGCCUCAGGACGCUACUACAGAGCCCAGGGACCAAGAGAUUUAAGCCGCACAGCAGCUCGAAUCCUCAGAUGGCUCCAGGGCAUCACCGUGAUUUGUCCCUCGUCCUCCGUAGAGCGAGUUGCUGACUUCGUGUUGGUGAGAACCCUACUUUACGGAGAGCAACUGGACCGCCGGUUCUUAGUUCCCAUGCUUGGCGUUACCUGAAACCCCACCUGUCCCCGGAACUUGGUUUACUGAGACUUUGAAUUUCAACUUGAUGAUACAAGCUUUGAUGUUAGGUCCUGGCUCUGAGAGUGUAACUGAAGGCUCCGAUGAUAUUUCGAUGACUCAGAGGAGCAAACCUGAUCAUCAGUCAGUCAGCUUGCAAGGAGAGUUCAUGAAGUCCCUGUUCUCGGCAACAAAGGCCCACAGCACCUAUAAUACCCUGUUGACGGCUCUGACUUUAUCACUCUCGUGUCACUCUGGAGAGACGCCGAGUAUGCGAGCCUUCACAAAGAUUCAGAGCGUGCACCCCAGGGUGGAUGAUAACCUGUCUUCUCUGACCUGCCCUACUGGAGUAGACCUUUGAUCCGACCCUGCUGGGCACUGACCACCAUGAUCAGGAUAGAACUUGCGCAGUGCUCUGGAGGGUGGCCACAGGCAGCUGGGGGAGCCGUGCUUUCAGCACAGGACAGGAUACUUUCAUGGGAACGUGGACAAGCCGGAUGCAUCCUGGGAGAAGAGUGCAGAAGAUGACACAAAUCCGUGUUGCUGGUGCCUGGUUAAAGAAAGGGAGGUGAUCUGGAGCGGAGAUGGCUUAGGAGGGAUGGAGAAAGGAAAUGAAAACGUCGUUUACACUCAAACCCAGCGACACAGCAUGACGAGGAAAGACAUCCUGGGGCACAACUGUGAUGGAGACAUGUGUGGGUCCCGUCCUGUUCUGCCAGGCCAGCUGGGUGGUCCUGACACCUGAGUGCCCAGUCUUCCUUUUGGUGGAGCAUGAGAAGUCGGAAGCCAUGUGGAAGGGGAUUAAGCCUGGUGGAGGAGCCAACACAGCUAGAGAGAAAGAGAGGAGUGGGCUACCAAUUUCUGAGAACUCAGCCCAGGAACGUAGAGGUGAGUGUGGGCCAGGGCCCUAGCAGGAGACUCUUCUUGCUUUUCCCUCUUUUGCUUUUUGAGAGUUAAGUGCUGUUUCUGAGAGAAGAUGCACGUUACUGCGUUAUCAAAUGGAGGCAACUAGACAGGAAACCAGCAACUCCUGUGAGCUCCCUCCUCUCACUUCAGUGAUCCCCAUAACCAAUGGUCCCCAUAACCAGUGCCCCCCCAUAACCAA